AAAGGGUAUUUCUCAGUCAGCUUUACCUUAUAGAAGAAGUGUUCCAACAUGGCUGAAAUUAACUUCUGAUGAUGUUAAAGAACAAAUUUACAAACUUGCAAAGAAAGGUUUGACUCCUUCUCAGAUUGGUGUAAUUCUAAGAGACUCUCAUGGAAUAGCUCAAGUAAGAUGGGUAACUGGUAAUAAGAUUUUGAGAAUUCUAAAAGCAAAAGGAUUAGCACCUAGCCUUCCAGAAGAUCUCUAUCAUUUGAUCAAGAAAGCAGUAGCUAUUCGCAAACAUUUGGAAAGAAACAGAAAGGACAAAGAUUCAAAAUUUCGUCUGAUUUUGGUAGAAAGCAGGAUCCAUCGUCUUGCACGCUAUUAUAAAACUAAGAGAGUUUUGCCACCUACUUGGAAAUAUGAAUCAUCAACUGCAUCUGCACUUGUAGCUUGAAUUGUGAUCCUCGUGGUCAUGUAUUGUUCAAAAGACAAAAUAAAAAAGAAUUGAAAUUAA